CACACUAACCUCAUUCACGCGAAAAGAUAAUCAAUACCCAAUUCCCCAUUGCUCAAUUAGUCUCAAAUUUCUUCUUACUUGCUUUGAUCGUUGUUCUUUGUGCUUCUGAAUCCCUUCUAUAUUUUGUGUUUCUGUUGUUUCAGGUCAUGUAACUUUGAACCAUUUUCAUCAUCUUCCUUUUCUCUCUGCCUUUUUCCCACUUUGUGUGUCCUUUUUGUUCUUCUGAAUAAUGUAAUAUGGGGAUUUAAGCCUUCUUGCUUUAAUCUUUCUCUGUUUGGUUGAUGUUCAUUUCGACGAAACUUCUGUUCUGAAGCCAUAUGUUUGUGUUUUCAAUUAUGGGUUCUCGCUAAUCUUGCUGUUUCUAGUCGGUGGGACUGUUUUGUCAAUGCCCAUUUGCUUUUGGUUGGUCUAAAACGCUUAGAAUGCAGUUUGGGAAAAUGGGUUGUCGUUAAUUAUUGAAAGUCUUGCUUUUUAAAAGCUGUUAAUGCUCUUUUCAUCUUUGUAUCGAGUUUAGUUAUCUUUAGGAUGUAAAUCCCUCCCACAUUACCAAGAUCUUCUUAGUUGGUUAGUUCUCGUUCAUACUCUCUUGGGUGGAAUUAGUUUACUGAUACUUAGUAGAUUAAAAAUACAGUGAUUUCGUUCGUUUUGAUCUGAAAUGAUGAGAGAUCGUUAGCGUAGAUUAGCUUAGUUGCAAUGAAAAAUUCCACCCUUGUUUUUGUGACUGAUGUGGAGUCAAGAGCUAUGAGGCUCACUCCUUAUUAAUUCAUUUUUUGAUUUGUUCAUUUGUUCCGGGCAUUGAUAUACCCACGAUUCUUUACGAACACUCUUAAAGAUGUAAAGUUCUGUUAACUUCAUUCAACUUUGUAACGUUCCUUAAGGAAACUAUAUGUAUUACAUUCAAUUUUCCAACCUCUUGUUCAAUAUAUACGAGAAUCCAGAGUUGUUUGUCUCUCUGUCCUUAGGACAUCUCGAACUAUUAAUUAUGAAAUUUUAACCAUCAUGUUGGCCUCUCGAGUCCUGUUAACUUGAUCAUGGUCUAGCUUACAUAUUACCACUUUGAUUUGUCUCUUCAAUGUUACUUCCACUCUCAUACUCUUAAUAUCUCAAAAGAAAAGGGGGAAAUCCGUUCACAAACCUUCUUGUUCACCAAACAUUCCACUCAAAAUGGAGGAAACAUUUUUUCCAUUUCGUGGGAUUAAGAAUGAUAUAAGAGGAAGACUUCUGUGCUACAGACAGGAUUGGACUGGCGGCUUUCGCACCGGUAUCAGGAUCUUGGCCCCAACAACGUACAUAUUCUUUGCUUCAGCAAUUCCGGUUAUAUCGUUUGGGGAGCAGCUAGAAAGGAACACGUAUGGGACUCUAACUGCUGUACAAACUCUAGCAUCAACAGCACUGUGUGGCAUCAUCCACUCAGUUUUUGGAGGACAACCUCUGCUCAUCCUUGGUGUUGCUGAACCAACUGUUUUGAUGUAUACGUUCAUGUUCGACUUUGCAAAGGACCGAAAGGAACUGGGGCAGGAACUAUUCUUAGCCUGGACGGGAUGGGUAUGUGUAUGGACAGCCAUUUUGCUUUUUUUGCUAGCGGUACUGGGUGCAUGCUCCUUGAUCAAUAGAUUCACACGUCUUGCUGGAGAAUUGUUUGGUCUGCUAAUUGCCAUGCUCUUCAUGCAGCAGGCGAUACGUGGUGUAGUGGAGGAAUUUGGCAUACCCCAAAGGGAAAAUCCUAAUCAGGUGUCCCUCCAAACUUCUUGGCGCUUUGGCAAUGGAAUGUUUGCAUUAGUGCUGUCCUUUGGGCUUCUGCUAACUGCCCUAAAAAGCCGCAAGGCUAGAUCAUGGCGCUAUGGAACUGGUUGCCUACGUGGCUUUAUUGCUGAUUAUGGAGUUCCACUUAUGGUGCUCAUAUGGACAGCCUUAUCUUACAUUCCAGUCAACAAUGUACCACUUGGGAUCCCAAGAAGGCUUUUCAGUCCCAAUCCAUGGUCUCAGGGUGCCUACUCUAAUUGGACGGUUAUAAAGGAAAUGUUGAGAGUGCCUCCAUUGUAUAUAGUUGGAGCAUUCAUACCAGCAACCAUGAUAGCAGUUCUUUACUACUUUGAUCACAGUGUUGCAUCUCAACUUGCCCAACAGAAAGAGUUUAAUUUGAAAAAACCAGCUUCUUAUCAUUAUGAUCUUCUUCUCCUAGGUUUUCUUGUUAUCCUGUGUGGACUUAUUGGCAUACCACCUGCCAAUGGUGUAAUUCCUCAGUCUCCUAUGCACACGAAAAGCUUAGCUACCCUCAAACAUCAGCUCUUGCGAAGCAAGCUGGUUGCAGCAGCACGGCAAAGUUUCCGUAAAAAUUCGAACUUAAGUCAAUUUUACCAGAACAUGCAAGAGGCAUACAACGGGAUGCAGACUCCUUUAAUUUAUCAAAAUCCACCAGCUGCGGGGCUGAAGGAGUUGAAGGAUUCCACCAUCCAAUUAGCUUCAAGAACUGGCUACAUUGAUGCACCUGUUGAUGAAACCGUUUUCGAUGUGGACAAAGAUAUUGAUGAUCUUCUGCCUGUAGAAGUUAAAGAACAACGUCUCAGCAAUUUGCUUCAGGCAGUAAUGGUUGGUGGUUGUGUUGCUGCUAUGCCUCUUUUAAAGAAGAUCCCAACUUCGGUUCUUUGGGGUUACUUUGCUUUCAUGGCAAUUGAGAGCUUGCCUGGAAAUCAAUUCUGGGAAAGGAUUUUACUGCUUUUCACUGCUCCGAACCGAAGAUACAAGGUGCUGGAGGAAUAUCAUGCAACCUUUCUAGAAACAGUCCCCUUCAAAACAAUUGCCACUUUCACCUUGUUCCAGACAGUAUAUUUGCUGAUGUGUUUUGGUCUAACCUGGAUUCCAAUUGCUGGUGUUCUUUUUCCACUGUUGAUCAUGCUUCUUGUCCCUGUGCGGCAGUAUUUGCUUCCCAAGUUCUUCAAAGGUGCUCAUCUCCAGGACUUGGAUGCUGCUGAAUACGAGGAGGCUCCUGCAAUCGCCUUUAAUCCAUCAUUCGAAGAUCGAAUGGGAAGAACUCCCAAUAUUGAUGAUGGUGAAAUACUUGACGAGAUGAUCACAAGAAGCCGUGGCGAGAUUCGACGUACUCCAAGUUCGAAAGUGACAAGCUCAUCCCCAACUACUCUAGAGGGCAUCAAAUCAGUCUAUAGUCCACAGAUACCACAGAAACUUUAUAGUCCAAGAAUCAACGAGCUGAGAAGGGAGAGAAGUUCUUUAUCUCCUGGAAAAGGACUUGAUUUUAAGCUAAAUGGCAGUCCUAGUCCUAGUGAAGAGCCAAGACCAGGACCUUCUUUUAGAAAUUAGCACUUGUAAGUGGUACUUUUUUCUUGGUUUCAUAUUGUUAAUUGUGUUCGAGAGGCCUUUUAACGUUGCUUCGAUGCAGAUAAGUGUCAGUGUUUAUGGGUAGUUUCUCCCUUUUUUUUCUUUUUCUAAAUAAAACUAAGGAAGAACAUACAUAUAUUGUUUAUGUAGUUUUGUUAUAUAGAAAGUAUCUGAAUGUUUUAAAAAGCUGUUUAUCUUAUGAUGUUAUUUUCUUA